AUGCAGAAAGAAGCAUUGGCUGUAUAUUGGGCCGUCCAUCGCCUACACAAAUACCUGUUCGGAUUGCGUUUCACCAUCAUAACCGAUCAUCAAGCGUUGCAAUAUCUAUUCAGUCCACAAAAGUCGAUCUCCAAACCGACGGCGGCGAUGAUUCAGCGAUGGAGCAUUGCAUUGGCUGCUUACGACUACGAUAUAGUGCAUCGUCCGGGAAAAGUAAUUCCCCAAGCCGAUUUUCUCUCGCGGUGGUCCAAAUUCUCGGAGGCUAAGAAGUGUCAUUUCAUUGCUACUGCUGCCCCGGUAUCCCGAGAGGGGUUGCGCUGA